AUGCCUGCCCAGGAAGAUACCCCCUCGGCCUGGGAAUCUCGCUUCGACCGAAAACCCGUGUCUUCAAAUCGUCCGAUCGCACACCUCGAUAUCGAAUACAGUGAAUUGGCUCAGUCAUGGAAAGCCUUCAUUAAGCACGUUCCGGCCGAGGAUCAGGUGGCAUGGGAGGAACGGCCACAGACUGCCGCCGAUGUCGAGGAACUGGUGCGCAAUCUACAAACCUUUUGGAUGUCCCGGCCUCGCCAACGGGUCAGCAGCUUCUGUGAUCGAUUCCUCCCUACCAUCGAGACUCAUGGUCACCUCCUCGCCGUCUUACCCGAUGGGCCUUCCUAUUAUGCCCCGCUCCUGUACGGAGUCCUGCAGUCUAUAAUCAAGGCUUCGUCGAAUUACCCCCGCGUUCUCGAGGGACUCCUAGCCGCCUUAACCAAUAUACACAGUGCCAUCGAGGUCCCCAAAGAACUCAACACAUCCCAUAGGGAGCCCAUCGCCAAAAUCUACGCUCUCAUCUUCUUGUUCUUUAAUGAGUUUAUGGACUGGUUCGUGCGGAGAUCGACCUGUCACCUAUUGAGAAGUCACAGCCAGGAUGCCCACGCCGAUUUUCACCCCUUAGUCACAUGUAUUCAACGAGAGGCACAAGAGAUUUCAGCAUCCCCCGAAGCGAUGGACGUUGACGAUGUAUACGAUUACGCUUAUACCCCUCGCGCUCUAUGGGAAGAGUCUCAACUUAGUCAAGUUGGGAGGGAAGGAGAACCCCGCCGACAUGCAGCCCAAAAUACCAUGACUCGACGCUUGAUUUGGGAUAUUCAACAAGAUGCAGAUCAGCGAGACCGUUUGAGAGAGACCCGAGACCAGUUUUUAAGACAAAUGCUACACGACACAAAUGAACAACUUUGUCCUGCAAGUGAACAAACCCACGACAUCGUUUGUUUGACAACCGCCGCUCCAGACCUUGUUACCCCCCAUUUUGAAUGGUCACGAGGGUCCAAGCGUCGCCUUGCCCGCCUCGAACUCCAGAGCGAAUCCAAGCACCUCCAACCAUAUUUCGACGUUGAAGACCAGAUUGCGAAUCUAGACCCUAACGCCAAGAUUGUGACAGAAGGGAGUGUGAUCGCUUCCCUACAGAAAUGGGUCACUAGUCCCCGCUCACAGGCCCUAGCCGUCGGUGGAUCCCCAUCAAAUGAGCACUUGAGCCCGGUUUCUCUCAUCUCGGCAUCUUAUGCUCUCUGUGCUCGGGAGGCCCGACUGCCGACACUCUCCCACUUCUGCAAACUUCCCGCCAAAGAGGUCUCGGGACAAACUCUUCACCAGCAGGGACUCAUCGCCUUGACCUAUAGCUUGAUUCGACAAAUGAUCGACACCUUGCCGACAGUAGUUGACAGCGACUCGUUGAUUGAUUUGACGACAGAACGUUUCCGGCCGAUUGACGGCACCCUAGGCAGCUGGGUCGCUGCAUUGGCGCUUGUGGACACUCUUCUCCAUUUCGCACCGCCUUUACUAGUCUGCAUAAUCGACGGCAUUGACAUAAUACACGAUGAGUCUACAGACGUCGCGCUACGUGGCUUACUUCGCGUGCUCCUCACCCACACCCGUCAUCAGCCUCCAAGCGGAGAUAGCCCAGGACCAACUUUCCUCUUCAAAGUUCUAUUUACAGUUGCCGGGCGUCCUAGUGCGCUGGUUGAAACUAUGUCUGAGAAUGAAUUGGUUCUCAGUGAAGCUACCCUAUCCGAUGAGCCAGGGACAUCUGACAGCGUCCCUAAUCCCGACCUUGGUGCUGUCAUGACGAAUGCAUGA